AUGAAGCUUUACAUCAUCAUUCUACUGUGUUCUCUGUUCCGUAUCACACGACAGUUGAAUCAACAAGAUCGCUGUGUGUGUGAGCUGACCAACAAAGAAAAGGUAUUCCCUCACGAGACCCUCAACUCCGUGAAUGACGAGGCAUCAAAAUGCUCUCUCAAAGUCACCCCACAGAAGGCGCUGGACCUUGAAAGUCUGCACUUUGGUUUGGAUUUCCGUCUGCCACAACUGCUAAAAGAUCUUUCCAUACUGGAGAAUGAGAAUGAUGAAGCGCUAUAUGGAGUUGUCAGCCUUCAGGUGAUAGAGAAUGAACUGAUUGAGAUCAAAAAUAUGGUGGAGAGGCUGAACAAAACCACACAAGGACACAACCACAUUACUGAUGAGUCUGGCAGACAGCUUUUGCACCUGAGAGACGAGCUGCAGGAGUUGGAGCAAUAUGACACCUUACAGGUUGAAAAGAGACGAAAAGACAACAUGCGUUUGAAGAGAGCCUUGGAUGACUGCAAGAAUAGCAAUGACCUCAAUACACAGCCUACAAUUCAGCCUUACGGAGGUGUCUGUCCCCAUGGCAAGUUUGUGAACAUUACAGGGCCUAGAUUUUACUCAACAGGAGAAGCUCCGAGCAACUACAAGUAUGGAGGUUGGGGCCGUGACCCCAAACCUGCAUCGGGGAAAGAGAACUGGUAUUGGCGAGUGCUUCUCACUGUAAGCAACAUAUAUGCCAACAAUAUCAAUUUUUACUCCAGCCUCAGCUCUCUCACUGUAGGAGUGAAGACACCAGAUAAUGCCCUGAUCCAUCCUGCCAAUCCAACCACCAACACCAUUCAGGGACCAAAUGUUGUUCUAUAUGGCGAGGCCUUGUACUACAAUUGUUAUAACAGCUAUCGUGUUUGCCGGUUUAACAUAACAUCCAAAACCAUUUCCGACCUACAAUUACCCAAAGACACCAGGUUUAACUCAAAGGGGAAUUUCUGCCAUUUAGACCAAUGCUACGUAUAUACUGACAUUGACCUUGCAACAGAUGAGUCUGGCGUGUGGGUCAUCUAUUCUACCGCCCAAAACUUUGGUAACCUGGUGUUGUCCAAAGUGGAGGAAGGAGAUCCUCCCAUUAUUAACCAAACUUGGCACACCUCGGUGUAUAAGCAGGGAGUCACCAACACCUUCAUGGCCUGCGGCAUCCUCUACGCUACACGUUAUAUAAACAAGCAGAUAGAAGAGAUCUUCUAUUCAUAUGACACCUUAACUGGAGUUGAGAAGUUCAAUCUUGGCAUUUUUAUCGACAAGAUGUGUCCUGACAUUAACUUCCUGAAUUACAGCCCAGUCGACAAGAUGUUACACAUCCACUGUGACAGCUACAUGGUCUCCUAUGAGGUUUUGUUUGAAUAA